GAAAAGUAACUAAGUAAGUAUGUGGCGUGGUGUAAUAAUAACCUAAAACUUGUAGAUAAAUAUUAGGAUUUUGGGGUAUCUCACUCGAUUGAACUCCAGUGUGGAAAGUUUGUAUAAUUUGCACUUUGGAUGCUCUAUAUAUUUACUAUUAAAUUUUCGAAAUCACCCCCGCGCAAUUUCCCAACUUUCCAGUCAAGUUUCAAGUCUUGUAGAAGUAUAAAAGUUUAUCAAAAUAAUUUAGUAAAAGACCUUCGUUUCUUAUUUAUUUUAGGAAGGGACGAAGGGUAAAAUUGGGGAUUACUGAUCCAGCAGAUUGCAAUGUAUUCGACGAAGCAGAUGGUACCGAAAUUGAUGAUGAUGAUUGAUGAAUUCUUGACUUGCAAUCAAUCCCUUGACUGGCCUUGAGAAUCAAAAGACAAUCAUGGUAUGCCAAAUUCAAAAGAAGUUAAUGAGAUUCUUUUGUUGAAAGGGGACCAACAUGGCCGUCGCCCACAUCAUUGUAAGUCAAGAAUGCAUGGAUGGCACUAUAUGACAACACCCCGAUAUGGCGAUCUAUUUAUAAUUGCAUCUCCUGUUCCAUCGCCUGUUGCCUCACCUGUUUCAAUAUCUGUUGCUAGCUUGCCACUGACCACACCAGUUCCCUUCCCUAUUGUGACAUCUGUUGUCUUUCCUGUUUCUCAAAUGUUUGAUGCUGGCAAAAGUACUUCAGAAACUAAUUUGGUAGGUGGGUAUAACAGUUGGAUAGAUCAGGGAUUCAAUAUAGAUCAGGGAUUCGAUAUAUUCACUUCAACACCAUACAUCCCUGAAAGUUUGGAUGAAGGCAAGCCUGAUGGAGAUUGUCUUCAACAACUUGAGAAAACUGCUCAUGUACAACCAUGAACCAAGUGACCCUGCAUGGGUUCUUUUUGCAGCCAGGUGAUACUAAUUGUUCUACUACACACAGUCACAGAGACAGCAACAAACAGAAAAUAUCUCUAAUGGAAUUAGGUAGUGAACUCAAAAAGUUGAUUGUAAGCACCUUGAAUAAAUAUGAAACUUCUGCAGUAGAAAAAAAACAUGAAUGAAAUAAAUACAUGCUGCAGAGUGCAGAUGAAAUAUGAUUGAAGUAAAUAGGAUUGAGUAAACUGGCAUAAAAUAACCAGUGAAGUAAGAACAAUUUGCUCCAUUGAUAAUAUACUGGUUCUUAAAAAUCUGCUAAAGUUUUGUAUCCAGUCUUUAGCUAAACUGCAUGCUACUGCUAUUAUGGCAACAUGCGUAAUUUAAACAAUUUGAUUGCUUACUCAGUGACCAUCUUAUUAGUAAUAUUGUAAAUAUCUAAUGCCCAUCACUAUUCUUAAAGACAAAUAAAUUUUUAAAUUCUAAAUCUGUUUUGACCAGUUUGUAUUCUUCACAUUCUUAUAUCCUAUAUGUGAUCAUUUUAUAUAAUUUUUUUUAGAAGAAAAGCAGAGCCAAAGCGGCAGCCGGACUCAUAUCUCCAUCAAAAUUUUUCAAGAUGAAGGGGCUGAAAAUUUACAAUGACGAGGAUAUUAAAAGCAAGACUGGACUUGAAAAAAUGAGGCAGUUUUGGAAUGAGAAAGUUGAAUAAUAAUUCAACUCGUUCUGAAACUGCUAAUCUGAUGAAAACCGAGAUAUAAGGGAUAAUCGAUGUAGCUUGGUGCCUCAGAAAAUGAUGAAUCCAUUCUUGUGGAUGAUGCCCGAAAACUAGAACUGGACGAGCAGGACCUAUUUGGCAUUUGCAGGUGGUGACAAUGCCAUAUUGGAAAGAGGAAUAAUAAUAAUGAAAACUUUAUUAAAUGGAUAUUUAGCUUAUAUAUACAAUUGUAAAUCUCACUUAUAUCAGGUAAUUUACAACUGGCUACUUCAUGUCAUCCCUAAAAAAAAGGUAACCGAACUUCAGCGCGCUAUUGUACGUGAAUUACUCGGCGUACACCCCAAUGUGGCCCUACUUUAUCAUUUUACUCUGUCUAAACACCAGAUGAUUUUACUCGUCAGGAUAAUGGCACUCCAUGGCAUAUUUAGG